CAUUUUCUUGUUGUGUCUCCUGUUUCUCUCUCCAACGAUGCUUCAAGUCCAAGCUCCUACCGACCUCCGCCCCGGCAAAAAUGGGCAAUACAGAACCCUAAUGGCGAUUUUGGGCGGAGCCCUAGCGCUCUUGAUCCUAAUCACUAUCCCCCUCACUUUCCCUCUCCUCAAUUACUCCCUCCUCCUCCUCAAGGCCUCUCUCGAAUCCCCCACCUCCGCCGCCUCCUCUGCCUUCCGCCCUCAAAUCUUCGCCUCCGGCAACCUUUCCAUUUUCUCCGCCCUCCCUUGCGAUCUCGCCGUCGGCGAAUGGAUCCCCAAUUCCAACCCUAACGCCGCUCCGCCUUACACCAAUGAUACCUGCUGGGCCAUCCACGAGCACCUCAACUGCCUCAAGUACGCCCGCCCCGACCGCGGAUUCCUCCAGUGGCGGUGGCGGCCUGACGGGUGCGAGCUUCCUGCGUUUAAUCCGGCGCAGUUUCUGGAGCUUAUGAGACAUAAGGCGUUCGCGUUUGUGGGGGAUAAUAUUGCCAGGAAUCACGUUCAAUCGCUCAUCUGCCUCUUGUCUAAGGUGGAGUAUCCAAUAGAUGUUUCACCUAGCAGAGAUGAGCACUUCAAGAAAUGGAAAUACAUGUCCUACAACUUCACUAUGGCCUUUUUAUGGACAACCCAUCUCGUCAAAUCACAAGAAUCAUCGACUAAAGGCGUGUUCGAUCUGUAUUUGGAUGAGUUUGAUGAAGCAUGGACUUCCCAAAUACCUGGCUUUGAUUACGUGAUGAUCUCGUCCGGCCAAUGGUUUCUUCACCCGCUGUAUUUCCACGAGAACGGCCGAGUCAUCGGCUGCCACGACUGCUUCCUCGACAAUGUCACCGAGCUGGGAAUCUACCAUGGCUAUAGAAAGGCCUUCAGAACAGCUUUCAAAGCCAUUCUCACCUCAGAGAGCUUCAAGGGCAUCACUUACUUGAGGACAUUUGCUCCAGCACACUUUGAGAAUGGGCCGUGGAAUCAAGGAGGGAACUGUUUGAGAACAGAGCCAUUCAAGAGCAAAGAUUCAGCAUUGGAAGGUAUGAACUUGGAGCUUUACAUGACUCAAAUGGAGGAGUUUAGGAGAGCUGAGAGAGAAGGGAGAAAGAAAGGGAUUAAGUUCAGGUUGCUUGAUACAACGCAACCCAUGUGGCUUAGACCAGAUGGACACCCGAGUCAAUAUGGGCAUUGGCCUCAGGGGAAUGAGAGCUCGUUGUUUAAUGAUUGUGUUCAUUGGUGCCUGCCUGGUCCUAUUGACAUUUGGAGUGAUUUCUUGCUUCACAUGGUGAAGUUGGAAGGCAUCAGAUCAGCUCAAGAGAGAGCUCUGUUGGCUCAUCAAACAGAAUUGAAUCAAAGAUGAACUUGGAUUUCUUGCUUGUUUUGGUUUUGAUUCUUUAAUCAUUAUUUGUUUUCUUCUCAAAACCCAUUGCUGUUCAUCUGUAUUACUACUCCACCUAUAAAAUGAAAGAAUGAAUGACAAUAAAAGUCUAUAGAAGUUUGUAUCAGAUGCAUAUUCAGUUGCUUUGUGUUGGA